AUGUCGGACUUCCUACCUAGCGAUGUGUUAAUCGACGUCCUCGCUAGACUACCGGUCAAGACCAUCGUCCAGUGCACUUGUGUCUGCAAAUCAUGGUACUCUUUGCUCACAAGCCCUAGUUUCAUCACCACACACCUCAAUCGAUCAUGUCUUGCGAAAACCAACAACAACGACAACCACCUUCUACUGAUUCAAAACCGCUCUGGUGAUGAUGGCGAUAGAGUGCGUUACUCGCUAAUGCGUUAUUGGCAAGCCCGUUGUGAAACCGAAAUGUUUUGUGAUUAUGCAGAGCUUGAGCUUCCGCUGAAGAGCGAAAGAGACCCUUAUUUGAGGGUAAUUGGUUGCUGCAAUGGGCUCGUAUGCCUUUCAGAGGAUGUGUUUAAUUACAUGGAGGAGCUUCAUCUAUGGAAUCCAUCGAUUCGGAAGACGAUGGCUCUUCAUCCACUACGUGUUACCUAUCAAUCACACGUGGUCAGGAUUGUGCAUCUUCUCAACGGAACCAGUGGGAGUUUUGAAGUUCCUCCUGAGGUUGACGUUUUCAGUUUGAGCACAGGCACAUGGAGGAACAUCAGCCAUUUGGGUCUUCAAUAUACCAUCAGAGAGAAGGCUCCCCAGGCUUAUCUGAACAGGGCUGCACAUUGGCUUGCUUAUGAUAGGGAAAGGAGGAGGGAUUUCUUCUUCUUGAUUGUGUCAUUCCACAUGGGUGAUGAGGUAUUUGGCUAG